AACGGUUUGGUCGGUUGGUCGUUUGGGCCCUUUGGCUUGCUUAUGUAUUUGUUGAUUAAUUUGGAUUCAUGUACACACAUAUGACUCUCAAAGAGUCUAACAGUUGACGAGAACACAAGUCCACGGAGUCAUCUGUGAUUUGCCAAUUUUAGAUUUAGUCUAUAGGUACUCGUUUUGCAUAACACUGCUACUACUCUGUCCUUCUUCAGUGUGUUACGAAUUUUCUUGAUAUACAUAUCUUUUUUGAUGGAGUCAAAGCUAUAAUAAUAAAUUCAAUGAACCAACCAAUACCUAAGGUAUGUUUAUACCAGAUACUUUAAGAGGCUGUAUGAUCGAGACGGACGUUUCUUCUUAUUUGCAAACAUCAUCAUCGGGACAGGAUGAAUUUCACCCUUUUAUUGAGGCACUCUUACCGUACGUCAAAUCAUUUUCCUACUCUUGGUUUAAUUUGCAAGCCGCCAAACGAAAAUAUUAUAAGAAACAUGAAAAACGUAUGUCAUUGGAAGAGGAAAGACAUUGUAAGGAUGAACUGCAGAAUGAAAAAACAGAGGUGAAGCAAAAGUGGGCUUCUCGUCUGCUUGGAAAACUCAGAAAAGAUAUUACACAAGAAAGCCGAGAGGAUUUUGUGCAAUCAAUAAUCGGAAAGCGAAAAUCUAUUUGUGUUCUUUCGAACCCCGAUCAAAAAGGAAAAAUGCGGCGCAUAGACUGCCUACGGCAAGCUGACAAAGUGUGGCGACUUGACUUGGUCAUGGUCAUACUCUUCAAAGCGAUUCCCUUAGAAAGCACAGAUGGUGAGCGGCUUGAAAAAAACCCGGAGUGCUUACAUCCAGGAUUGUGUGUAAAUCCGUAUCACAUAAAUGUUUCUGUUCGAGAAUUGGAUUUGUACUUGGCCAACUUUAUAAAUACUCAUAACUCAGUUACCAAUACGAAUCCGACAUUUUCAACACCUUCAGGUGUGAGUUCACCAAACUUGACCUUAUAUGCUCGAAGCAAUGAUCUAUCAGACAGAAAAGAUGAGGUCGUUGACAAGAAAAAUGAGGGUGCUAGACAAAAUCCAUAUAACGGAGUAGUUUGUAAUGACAUUAUUUUAGCAACUGGAGUAUUUUCAUCGCAAGAACUGUGGACGUUAUCCAAAGAUCUAAUUUUAGACGAGGCAAACGAUGAUAGUCUGAACUCUAAUCUUAUUAAAAGAGAGAAUGUUGGAGCUGCCUAUGAGUGCAAUACAUAUCAAAUGAACUCUGAGUCUUCAAUGUCUGCUGCCCAGAGUCUGGUUCAAUCUGGAGCAAUUGUGGCUAAUCCGAUUCCCCUUGGAUAUAGCAUUGACUUUAUAGAUCAGAGGAGUAUGCAUUUGUCACAGAGCCCUUUGUUACGUACAGAAGGCACAAAUGGUGAUGCCCAUGAUGUCAGCAAGAUCGAUCAAAACAGCUCGCCACCAAUUACCAGUACUUCAUCAGACAAUGGCACUAGUAGUUUUUCCCUGAUCGUAAGAGCAACAGAUAGCUCCAAUAGAGAUCCAAAAACUCCUACAGAUUCUAACAUUUCACUGCACCGCUAUACUUCACUUAAUAGUCGGCCACUUGCCCAAGCUACUUCACAACAUAAUUGCUCUUCAUUGCAUACAACAUCUACAAGCCCAAUUAAUACCUUGUAUUACCCCCAGCACAAUAAUCCACGAAUACCGCAGUCGAAUUCUGUAGAGGAACAAAACCGUGUUGGAUCCGAUAAAUAUGCAACGGAGCCUCAAGAUAUUUCGGAUUUCGUCACAUAUGUUUGUCAAGACUCUAGCCACACUACAACAAUAACUGGAUCAGUGGAAAACCAUCCCUUUCAACACACUCAUACACUCCCACACUCACACGUCUCACAAGGUCAUUCGCCACAUUUCCAAAUCCAUCAACAACUGCGAACUGCAAAGUUGACGACUUCGCCGUCAUCUCAUUAUCACAGUACAAUGCUUCCGCCAAUGCUGCCUCCAAUGGCUCGGCCUGUAGCUAUUAUUCGCAGCAGCAGUGAUUUAACACUAGUCCAAUCACCACCUCCUUCUUUGACGCUGGCAAACCAAUUUCCAAACUUAAGCAACAACAACUGUAUUACGAAAAAUAGCCUGGAAACGGAUAAUAUAAGACUUACAAAUACACUAGACAACAGCCAUAGUCCUGUUGAAACUGAAGUUGUGCCACAACACGAAAUAGCAGAAAGUGCAUCUCCUCAACCGCAACCUCACACGCCGGCAUCGACAAGUCCACAAUCUUAUCUCGAUCCUGGGCGUUGUAAGCUUUUAUCAGCUGGCCCCAACAUAGGCAGAAUUACAACGCAAAUAUAUCCAUCAUCGAAUAACAGAGAAUAUUUCAACCACUUUCAUUCGCAACCCACAUCGCUUUUAGGAUAUGCAGGCUCCAUUUCCACAAUGUCUGGAGUUAUAAGUCCAACAGACUUAAGCCUUUACUCAGCUCCGAUGGCAGUAUCACGAUCAAGUACCAGGACGAGGUGGAACGAAGGGGAUCAUAAUGUUAUUCCUCAUUCUACAUCUAGUACAAACAUAGAAAACACCCAAGUUAUAUUAAUGGAAGAUUCGUCUGGACGUUAUAUAGAUGAAUACUCAAAUCGUGACUAUGUGUCAUGAUCUAAGCUUAAUUAAAUAAAAGUGAUGAAACUCUUCGGCUUGGGCAUGCCAAAUAAAUAAUUAAAUAAGAGUACCUUAUAAAUAUAUACAUAAAAACCAAAUGCACAUAAAUUUUAUAAAAACUAUCGAUAAUAACACUAACAUGCUUUGGACUUUAAUAUAAUUAGAGGGACUUAAAAAAAGGCCUUUAAUCAGACGUCUAUAUAAUUACUCCGUUAUAUAUUUCAUACUCGUCAGCAAUCAGAGAAAAGAAAAAGAGAAAAAAAUCGGGGAAGUCAUUAGAAGCUGUUUAAUUAUUGUACAUUUCAUUUCAUUUUCUUAUUAAAAAAAAUUUUGUUAACAUAUUACACAACACAAUUUUAAUAAGUAUCCAUUAUAAAAGUAUAGACCUGCACAAGUACACUCGAAGUGUAAUCCACUUCAAAAAAAGUUGACAAGACAGCUCGAAAAAUGUCGAUUUAUCUCCUUGUUUUUAAUACAUGAAUUGGCUUCAAUCAUAGGAACUGUAAAUAGCGGUUGAGUGUUUUUGUAAUAAUUUGGAAUGUGGAAGUUUUCAUUAAAAAUAGCUUUAGCCCGUGCCUAACCCGGUUUUAUACGAUUAAAAUAAUUUGAUAGUUGAGAAAUAUAAAUUUUUAAAUACUGACUCAAACAUUUUUGAUUUUGCCACUCUAGGCUUUUUUUAAAAUGUAGACAGUUUUCACAGUAAGCUCUCAAAUUUCAAUCAUAAGGCUUAGUCACUUUUGAAAAGUAGAAGAAAAUUAUAAACAUUUUUCUUUGUUAAUUUAAAAACUAACUAAUAACUUACGGAUUUUCAAAAUUAGAGAAGCAAAAAAUUUACUUACAUAUACUAGUUUUAAAAGAUAUUAACUCAUUCCCAGUGAUAAAAUUGUAAAUUUAUAAAUUUGUACUUUUUUUUCACACCACUAAAAUGUACGAAAAGAUGUUAUAAUUUUACUGCAAGAUUUUAGUGAAAUUUUAAAAUUUUAAAAUUUUAAUGCUUAACAACCUUUUGAAUUUAUAAGAUAUUUCUUUACCCCCUUAACAUGUGUGAAGGACCAUUUUUUUAAACACUUUUUGAAAAUUUUUUUUGGAAGCAGUAAAAUGUUAUUACUUGACUUUUUCAGUUAUUACGAAUUUGAACAAAAUCGUUUUCAGAAAUCAUGGUCGCCAGUUCGAAAAAUAUUUUUCUAGAAAAACGAGUUUGAAUGAAUAAGCACGAAUGAGGGCUUCUCAGAGCUAUAACUUUUACAAAUAUGUAACAAUCGCUUCACCCACAUAAUCUGAAUAUGUUUAAGGUGACUCAAAUGAAAAUAUAAAAAUUUGGAUUUUUGAAACAAUGUUUUUAGAAGUUAUCAAAAUCACUUAAGGGGCUAACUUUUAUUAAAUUUUUUUUUGUACAUAUCGAUAGUUUUAACUUAAAAUUAUCCUGUGAAAACGGCAAGGUCGUCUCUAAAAUUGUUUUUGAAUGGCAGCGUUCCUGAAACCUUAACUGCGUUUAUCUCGGAUUGACGUUUUUGAAACUGCUAACAUUGGCAUUUAAUCAUCUUAAAUAGGUCCUACCUACAAUGUCCUACGAACUUUUGGAUUGGUCAAAAAUUGUCCAUUUGGAUGAAUUCAAAAAAACUUUUUUUUUCUUCUUUUAGUCCCGUUAUUUUUCAACAUUGCUGUAAAAAAAAACUCACUCAACUUUUGCAGGAAUAUAAUGAUUAGGCUUUUUAUAAAUUUAAAUAAGGAGAAACCGAAGCUAAAAUUAUAUUUUUCUAGUAGCCGUGCUGAACAAUAACUAAAACUUUCAUAUGCAUAUAAUAAUUUUAAUAAAAAAAUAUUUGUCUGUCAUAAGAUUUAAUCAAAACAUAUAAAGUUAAACUUUGAGUUAUUGGGGACACUAUUCUUCGAAAACUUAGCUUUGGAUUUAUUUUGAUGCUGAAUUUAGAAUCAGAUGUCGAACAUUUAAGAAAUAUACAAUAGUAGCACUACUAAUGGAAAUAUAUAAUUAUGUUUAUAAAUGAAUUGUAAGUGGACAUAAUUAAAUAAUUUUUAUCUGAUAUGCUCAAUAAUUAUAAAAAUAACUUUAGUUAAGUGAAUAUGUUUAAUAGAAUUUUUGGACAUGAAACAGGAAAAACUUAAGAGGAGUUUCCAGUCUCUUCCUGUUUUAUUUUUAAAAAAUGUAAAUGGAUAAGAAUUUAAAAAAAGGAAAAAAGGAAUUAAUGAUAUUGUAAGAAAAUAAUUAUAAUAAGUGCCUGACUUAUUUUUUAUCAGAGUGAUGAAAUGAAUUUAAUUUGAAUAUUUUGUAACCGUAAAUAGUAACGGAAAUAGUUUUGAAAUGAAACAUGUAGAUUAAGAUUUAUGUUUUUUAAUCUAAGCGUGGAAUAGUUAUGUAAUAGGUAUUCACUCAAGUUGGUCACAUUGAGUGGGUAUCUAUUUCAUAAUUUGUUUUGUUUCUUAAAGAAAUUUUUUCAGCUUAAAUUUAAUUUUCGUCAUUUCUAAAUUUAUAAAAUGUUGGUACAAUAAUAAUAUUAAGUGGAUGGCAAAGGGCAUGUGAAAGAAGAAAACAAUAUUCAAACUAUUAUAAGAAUUGGCUGUGAAUAUAAUCUUACGCUAACGCUGUUUGUAAGUUAAAUUUAAAUGAAAGUGCUUAUUAUAAAAAAUUGUAUUGUAUUGUAUUGCAAUAUUAACAUUUAUAUUGAAAAAACAUAGACUGUAAACAAAAGGAGACUUGGUAACAAUAUAAGAGAAUAUUUUAUUAAAGA